AUGGCCAAAAUCUUAGUCAGCCCUUAUAGUUCCUUAUAUGAUGAUUCUCAGUUGGUAAUCAAGGUAAUAAAUCUUGGAAGAAAUGAGAAGGUAACAUUACAAUCGUGUCAGACGAGUGAUAAAGGAAGACAUUUUCAUGCUUAUGCAUAUUACUUGACUGAUGAUAAUGGGAACAUCGAUGUUUCCGUCGAUGCUUCAUUUGGAGGAUAUUACACCGGCGUGGAACCAUUGGGACUACUUUGGGCAAUGAAAAUAGUUCCAGGACCGAAGCGAAGAUUUUCCUCUUUAAUUAAACAAAAUGUCACCAAGCCUGCUGUUAUUUUGUUGAAUGUUUAUCAAGGUCACAUUGAUAUUGACAAAAUUGGAAUCAAAGGCGUUAACAAGUGUUUGAUAGUAACUUCUAUAUUUGAACGAAGAAUAAUGAAAUCAAAUAUUCGUCGGUUUAUCGUUGAAGAAGAUGAUCUCAGAGGAGUUAUAUUUGUUCCUCAACAACAAGGUUCUUUCAUGGGUGUGAUAGAUUUAGGAGGAGUGAACGGUGGAAUGGUAGAAAUGCGCGCGGCACUACUUUCAAAUUACGGAUUCGUUGUCCUGUGCCUAAGUUUGUUUGGCGCUUUCGAUCAAAUGAAACAAGUUUCUAGUGUAGAUUUGGCGUACAUUGAAAGAGGUAUCGAAUAUCUUCUCCGUCAUGAGAAAGUUUUAAAAGAGGGGGUUGGCGUAUUGGGAAUUUCAUUUGGAGGAAGCGUUUCAUUGGCUGCAGCAACCUUUUUUGAAAAUAUAAAGUGUGUUGUGAAUAUUGGUGGUGCUCUUUCUGCUUCCGGCUUCAAAGAUUUAAUAUACGGCAACAAGAUAUGGACGCCAACGGAAGAAAAACUUAAUGGGCAUCAGGUGGUCGACGGCAUACAACGACCUUCGUGUAUGAUACUAACUCCAAAAUUUCUGGAAAUGCAUAAACACUUCCCUGAAUUCCAAAAAUCUAAAGCAAGCAUUCUUUUUAUUUACGCUGAGGACGAUAAAUGUAUAAACUGGAAAGAGCAGUCAGCACUAGCUAGAAAGCUGAUGAAAUCUUCAAACAAAAUGAAUUAUGAAAUAAAAUCGUAUCCGGGAACUGGUCACAUGAUUGGUCCACCAUACGAUUUUAUCGAAUGUACUGAAUCCGAAAUUUUUUCUGGCACAACUUCACAGUUAUAUUCUUAA